CGAGGAGCUCUUCUGCAUGCGAUUUUCAGGGACGGUCGCCAUGGGCAAAGCUAAAGAAAAGGAGGGAUGGAUCUUUGGGUGCUCAGCUGCGAGGAACUGCAUAUAUAGCCGACUCGGCCUUCACAAAGAUUUUCCCCGCUUGAGACAGUACUUGUUGAGAGUCUGGCGCGAUCAAUAUGUAUCUCGACACACCUUUGCAGACGCCGCGCAAAGCAAAGAUCUUGAUGCUUCACGGCACAGGACAAUCCGCCCACACCUUCCAGAGCAAGAUGCGGUACCUCCACGAGCCCAUCGCGCGAGCCCUCUCCGCCACAUCGAUGCAGCAUGAGAUCCUCUAUCCCGGGGGCGUGGAGUUUUUUUAUCUGGACGGCCCGAUCCCUGCCUCCUCGAUCGACGCCUGCGAUGAAACCUACAUGAAGCCCAACCGACUGCCCGACAGCUGGCUCUGGGGCUACGGCGACCCCGAGACCUCCGAGCUCAAGGGCCUCGAGCACACCUGGAAGCGGCUGGCGAAUGUCCUGACGGAACAUGGGCCGUUCGUCGGCGUCAUCGGCUUCUCCGCCGGGGCCGCGUGGUCCGUCAUCCUGACUGCCUUGCUCGAGCAGAACAGGAAGAACCCUUACUUCCAAGUUAACCACCCGCCCAUGCACUUCUGCAUCGCCUUCUCGGCCUUCAUGUUCGAGCACCGCACGUACGAGUGGAUCUACGCGCGGCGGAUCCAGACGCCCGUGCUGCACUUCAUCGCCGCCCUCGACACCUGGGUCUCGGAGCGGCAGUCGCUGAAGCUGGUCGGGCGGUGCGCCAACGCGCAGGUGGAGUAUUUCCAGGGGUCGCACUACAUCCCCCGAGGACCGCAGAUCAGGGAACUGGUGACCAGGUUCAUUCGGAGGACGGGCGGUGGGGUUGGCGAGGUGGAUAGGGGCUGCAUUGGCGUAUAGCCCUCGCACUUAAUAAUGGGUGCAUCAGUGGCAGAGGGUACUGUACAUAUUUUUCUCAUGAUUCGCGGGUAACUGGGUCUUAACUCGGCGUUCUGUUUCUAGCUUGGCGUUCGCAUUACCCUGCUGGCGUUCUCGAUUUGGCAUUUUCAAACGGCUUACAGUUCAGUGGAGAAAUUGACUAGGACAUCCAAGCCUCGAGUCGGGUAUCGUUAACAAAGGGAUGGCAGGAGAUUGUAUCACCACGCGUAUGACGCGCUUCCGCUGGAGCUCCGCGAGUCAGAUCUACCCGCAAGACUUCCGAUCCACUUCAGAAACUUUCAAUAACCAGGAACCACCAGG